CCUGUUUACUUGCAUACGUCUGCGUCACAUCGUUUGCGCCUCAUCGCGCACAAGUAGCCGGCUAGCGAAGAUUCUCGCGCAAAUUAUCUGAAGUUAGUCGUUCGUUGGCGCACUGCGCGACUAAACCGCUGCUAAAUUCAAAGUGGUAGUGCUAAAGUGAAUACUCGCCUAAUCAAAAGUGAUCUGUGCAAAAAGGGUUCAGCAUUUAGGGUUGUGAUUUGCAUCCAUCAUCGCCGGUAGAGAAGCCACAGUGACCUUGUGCGCUAGUUGACAGCCGCGUUCAUUGUUUGUUCUGUGUCAGUGAUCGCCGCCGCCGCCGCUGUAUCGGAAUUAGUUCAGUGGUCUCCGUAAAAAGAUGGCGCCGCCCCUUACGGUGACCACUGCUGUGGCGUGCGUUCCCGGUAGCGUAUCGCCGCAGGUGCAAGUGAUCGGUUCGGGCAGCACCGUGGUUUCCCCGGGGCCUGCUGGUGCUGCCGCCACUGUUGGUGAGGGCGCAGCACCGACGCAGCAGCAAAGCAAGAAUUGCAAUUUCAACGCCGAUACGAUCAAACUGAUUGACUGCGUUAAAGCCCGGCCGGCUUUGUGGCACCGUAAACAUCUCCGGCAGCGCGUGCAGGUCGCGCAUCGCGGCUGGGAGGAGAUUCGCAAAACGUUCAAGGCCAACGACGUAUCAUCCCUCAAGGUCCGCUGGAAGACCCUCCGCGAUAGUUUCCGUCGCGAGGUGAAGCGCAUGGAAGACGGAGAAAUAACCAAAUCCGCAUGGCCUCUGUUCGAUCGCAUGUCCUUCCUUCUCGGUCACUUUCGCACCCGCGAUAGCAUCCUGAAAAGCGGUGCAACCUCGCCAAACCUUCAGUUCAAAUCGGACGAUCAUUGGAAGUACGGCUCGGACUCUAAACAUGACUCGCAAACUGAAACGGAUGAACCGAUGACAAACGAGCUGCACAACAACCAUGCUGGGUCGUCUUCCAUGGGCGAGAGCGAGGCCGAAGUGGUGGAAUCCUACACGGUAGUUUACGCCGAUGCUAAGCCACCGUCGUUUGAAAUCAUUCAGCAGCCUCAGGAGUCGGUGGUCGAAGCGACCACCGCUGCGGAGAGCGACCCCGAAGACCUCACCAUGAUCGAAACGUACGAAACAGUACAAACGGAAGAGCUCGAAGAUGACAACAACGGCAAGACGGGCGCCAGAUCCAGCCAGGACGUGAUCGAAGUUCCCGAGCACGGAUACGGAGAAGUGACGUUCAAAAACAAGCUGCGAGCACGUAUCAAAACGGAGCCGAUGGACGUCGAGCAACGCAGUCGAUCGGGUGGGCAGGAGAGGGGCUGCGGUCCGACGCUGGAGGCCGACUCGGAUUACAACUUUCUGAUGAGUUUGCAUCCAUUCAUGCAAAAACUUCCGGGCCGCAAGAAUUUGUCGGUGCGAAUCAAGAUACAGCAGUUGAUUGCCGAGGCGAUGGAUGAGAGCUAGGGUCGGCUGAGUGAGAGCGGGCAUGUAUUGAACAAUUAAUAUUGGAAAUUAAAAAUGAUCUGUUUUAUUGUUAUAUUGUUAAUGGAAUGUGGAAUGUGUCAUUAUACAAGAAUUGAUUAAAGGCUGAAUUCGUAUUAAAAUUUA